AUGUUUGUUGCAUGUCCUCAUAUUGGUCUGCAGUGGGUUGGGCUUUUAUUGGCUUUGAUCAUGAGUUUCACAGUUCUAACAACAUAUCUUAUUUCCAUCCAUAGAGGACAUGUAAAUGCAGAAUUGCCAUUUAUCAGCUCUACAGGUGCUUAUCCACCAGAAAGUUGUAUAUUUGGUGAGGGAUUAAACUUAGCUGCUUUUAUCACUAAAUGA